ACCAGCCAAACGCCGGUUAUCAACACGGGAAUGCCACUGGGAUUACAUAUAUAGUCCGUCGCCUGCAGGUAGUCAGUCACCCAUUCUUGAUCGGACAUCGGAUCGACUCUCACCAUGCAAGACGGUAAGAGAAUCGCCAUCAUUGGCAGUGGUGCCGCAGGCAUGGCCGCCCUUUGGGCCCUGCACAAGCACUCGCCUCAUCAAGUCCAUCUCUACGAAGCGGCUCCUCGUCUUGGGGGUCAUAUUAACACAGUGGAAUUCAAGAGAGAGAGCGAUGCUGUCAACGUGGACACUGGAUUUAUUGUGUUGAACAAUUCUACCUAUCCCAAUUUUCUCAACUUUCUCAACACUAUCAAUGUCCCAACCACGCCUUCGGAAAUGUCCUUUAGUGUGUCACGGUACUCCGAAUCUGGCCCGUUUGAAUGGGCGGGGUCAUCGCUACGAAACCUCUUUGCGCAAGGCCGGAACCUUUUCUCUCCUAAUAUGUGGCGGAUGGUAUUCGACAUGGUGCGGUUCAACCACUUUGCACCAGACCUCCUUCGCCUUCCCGACGAGGACAAUACCAUCUCCAUUGGCGAGUAUCUCGAGAAGGAGGGGUAUUCGGCAUUCUUCCGCGACAACUACCUGAUCCCUUUGACGGCGUCCACAUGGAGCACCAGUCCAGAGAAAUGCGACUUGCAAUUCCCGGCUGUGACUCUGAUAAGAUUCCUGUACAACCAUAACCUCUUGAAUACUCUCGGGCGCGGACUAGAAUGGCUUUCGGUAGUCAACGGCGCCAAAAGCUACGUCGAAGCUGUAAUGGCAGAUUUUCCCAACGAGCAAGUCUUUCUCAAUCGACCUGUGGUGUCCGUCACCAACGAUCCGGCCUCGGGAAUGGUAAGUGUCACCACCGCAGAAGACAUAGCCACCUACGACCACGUCAUCAUCGCCACGCCGGCACCUCAAGCAUUGUCCCUAAUCUCAACCUCGGCGACUGCAACUGAGAAAUCUAUUCUAUCGGCUUUUGAGACAACCACCAACACCGCAGUCCUUCACUCGGACGAGUCUCUGCUUCCCCAAAACAAAAGGGUCUGGUCUACAUGGAACUACCUAAGCAACGGGUCCGCAGACCAGGUAUGUGUCACAUACAACAUGAACCGCGCGGUGGGGGCUUCGCAUGCCAAAUACGGGUCUGUGUUGGUGACGAUGAAUCCGAUGUUCAUGCCCGAUGAGCGGACCAUCCAGGGAGUUUAUGAGUAUGAGCACCCACUAUUUACCCCUGCUGCGGUGAAGGCCCAGACAAUGCUGCCGCAUAUCCAGGGCACACGGGGCAUCAGUUACGCGGGCGCGUGGACAAUGUACGGGUUCCAUGAGGAUGCUUUUACGAGUGCAUUUGGAGUUGUGAAGGACUUGGGUGCAAACCUUCCCUUCCCAGUUGCUAACAGUCGGCUAAAGGGGGGAUUUGUAUUGGAAGUGACCUGGUUGGAGUACGUCUUCAAAUUGAUAUUACAGGGCAUGCAGUGUUUAGUUGUGAUCUUGAUGGGGAAUGCUCUCCGACAAGGGGGGAAGCAGAAGGCGCGCUAGGAAGACAGGAAUAUGUGAUAGUGGAAUAGUUCGCAGCAGUAUAUCAAUGUACCUCACUUGACCUUACCCUGGCGCUUUCGUAGCCCCCCAAUUAGGUAGUAUCGCCUCACUAUGCACCUGCGCCCGGCCGAAUAUCCCCGAUAAACCUGUCACAUCCUUUCUUUGAGCUUGUUGAUCCCAUUCGUAUCACCUGAUCUUCCCCUUGCAUGAAUACAAUCAUUUUGCAUAUGAUAUAUGCCGUGCAAGGCGCCAUCGUUAUCUUCAUUAGAGUAUGGUCUAGGAUUGUGUCUAUGAAAGGGGUUAUGUUCAUCUACGACGGCUGGUAAUCAAGUUCCUUUGAUAGUCAC